GGAGGCUGGUCGUGCGCCUGCGCCAAAUAUCACUAAUAAAAUUAUUCACUACUAAAAGACUAAUUACUACUGAUUAGUGUAAGAGGCAAGUUAUUGGGAUCUAUACGAAAUAGGAGAUGUUCGGUCAGAUAAUUAUCGGACCACCAGGAUCGGGGAAGUCCACUUACAGUUAUGGAUUGUACCAGUUUCUUUCGGCGAUCGGGCGGAAACUGGCUAUCAUUAACUUAGAUCCAGCUAAUGAUAACUUACCAUAUCAGCAAGAGGUGGCAUUGGAUAUACGAGAUUACAUAACGUUAGAAGAGAUUAUGGAGGAGUUGAACUUGGGACCUAAUGGUGGAUUAAUGUAUGCAUUAGAAAAUUUGGAUGAGGAAGGUGUUGAUGAGUUUAUUGCUCAGGUUAAUAAAUUAGUGGAUGAGCAGAAUUAUCUUAUAUUCGAUUGUCCUGGACAAGUUGAAUUAUUCACCCAUCACAAUUCCUUGUAUAAGAUAUUUAAGAAGCUUGUUAAGGAGAGCCGAUUGCGUCUCUGUGUAGUAUCACUUGUGGAUUCCAUAUAUAUUACUAGUCCUUCACAGUAUGUAUCGAUACUAUUAUUAAGUCUAAGAUCCAUGUUACAAUUAGAUUUACCCCAUGUUAAUGUAAUAAGUAAAAUCGAUAUGUUGAGACAGUACGGUGAGUUACCAUUCCGACUUGACUAUUAUACCGAAGUACAAGAUUUAACGUAUUUAACUCCUCAUUUGGAGAAGGAAUCCAACUCAGUACUUGGUCAAAACUAUGUGCGAUUGACGGAGUUAAUCGGAGAGCUUGUCCAAGAUUUCAAUUUGGUAUCAUUUGAAGUUUUGAGUGUAGAAAAUAAACGAUGUAUGAUUCAUUUACUUCUGGUAAUAGAUAAGGCUAAUGGGUAUAGUUUUGGUAGUGAAAUAGGAGGAGAUUUAAUUUGGAGUGAAGCUACUAGACAGGGAGGUCUACCAUAUGCCGACGUGGAUGUUCAUGAGAGAUGGAUAGAAUUUAAGGAUGAGUAUGAUAAGCAGGAAAGAGAGGAAGACGAAGAGUUGUUGAAGCAACAACAGCCACAACAGGAAAUACCACUUACAGAAGAUGAAGAGUAUGAGAAGUCGUUAGAGGAGUGGGAGAAUAGAAAAUAAAGGCCAACAGUAAUAGAGUAAUUAGAGUAGACUACGGUAAACUAGAGACGACUAUAGUGCAGACUAGAGACUAGUCUAAGAGAAUGCUGAGUAGUCUCAGUAGACUUCGGAUCAGAGUCUCAGCUGUGUCAGUAUAUAAUUAGGUUAAUCUCCGUAGUCUCAGUAACUACAUUGUACAUAGCAUCUCAUCGAGUACGAC